AUGUCGCAAGUCAAGGAGAGUCUAUCGAUAGAAGAGACCAACAAGAUCAGGAUCUCACUCGGACUCAAACCACUACCAACCCCAGCAGACUCAACCAGCACAACCCAGGAACUCGAUCCAGACCAACAAGCAGAAGAGAACUAUAAUAAACAUCGUCAGGAAGAGGCCAAUGGAGUAGCAUCAAAGAAAGUCGCAGAACGAGUCAUCAAGGCAAAAGAGAAUCGAGAAAGAUUAGCAAAACUUAGUGGACGUGGUUUAGGAGAACUUGUUCCAUCGAAUCUUCAAGCAGGAGAAGACGACGUAGACGAUCUCAAGAAGUGGGUCAAAAGACACAAGAAAAAAUCAGCAAAGAACGACUCGCAGCUAGCAGCCAAGAAGAAAGAGGCCGAACUGAAUGCGGAUGAAGUAGAGUAUGGCUCGCGAGAUCUCGAAGGACUCAAGGUUGGACAUGACCUGAAAGAUAUUGAAUCGAAUAUGAACGAAGAAGAGAAGAUGGUCCUAACCCUCAAAGAUUCCAAGAUCCUAGACGGAGAGGAUGACGAACUAGAGAACGUCGAAUUAGCCGAACAGAAUCGAACCAAGGAGGCUUUCGAACUCAAACGUCAAGGGCGACAGGCCGGGGAAUACACCGGCUAUGAUGACGACGAAUUCCUCAAUCCCGGUCAAUCACAAACCGUACUUGCUAAAUAUUCCGAUACUAUCGAUGGCAAAGUCGAUAAAUCUUUUAGACUCGGUCAUGAUCAUUCAGUCGAUCAAGAUCCUUCAAAUCUUCACUCAACAAUCGAUGCUACUAAUCGAUCUAAAAUCACUAAAAAAGAAACCGCAGAUAUCCUCAAAAAAGAUUUGCUCAGUUUGGACUAUUCAAAAACAAUUGGUAAUGAUUAUUUAGAAGAAGGUGAUCCAGGUUUCAAGAAGAAGACAAAGAAAACAAAAUCGAAGAAGAGCAAACAACGAGCUCCGACAUCGACGGUCCCAGAGGAGGAAGCGGAAGACAGGCCGAAGGAUGGGAUGGAUAUAGACCCGCCUAAUCCCAGACAACCGACAGUCGAGGCGGAUGUGAUAGAUGAUGAAGAGCUACAAGUAGCGAUGUCACGGAUGCGUAGGGAAGCAGGCAAGCUACGACGGAAGCAUCACCAAACCGAACAAAAAUCAGCCGACAAGUUAGAUCAGGAUGAGGAUAUGAUCGAGGCACGAUCAUCACUACCAGCUGAGAAUGAAAAAGAAGAAGAAGAGGAGGAGGUAGAGGAUGGCCGACUGGUGAUCGAUGAUGCUUCGGAAUUUAUUCGGACGAUCAGUCUGCAACAAGAACGGUUAGCCGAACUUCGUCGAAAGGAGGAAAUCGCACGAAACAAGCCCAAGCCGGUCUCGAUCGAGCCCAGUCUUGGGGCGAUUGCCGAGAGCGAGACAGAUUCGGUGAUCGACGAGGAAGCCGAACGACGAGAGAUGGAACGAUUGAUGGCCGGCGAUUCAGAGAAGGUUAUUAAGCAGGACAAACCAGAGGUUGGGGAAGUGAAAGAAGUCGAAGACGAGUCGACGAGUUAUGGAGCGACCGGAUCCGAGCAAUAUGUCUCGGGCGGGAUGGCCUCGACCUUAUCCUUACUCAAGUCACAAGGCCUGAUCAAGCCUAUGACUCCAGAAGAGAGAGAAAAAGAACGCCUAUACAAGGAGAAGAUGGCCUGGUUGAUCGAACAACGGAGACGAGAAGCGGCGCGAGAGUUGGAGAAGGAGAAGACCAAGAAGAUGGGCGAUGCCAAAGACCAAGCCACCCGGGAAUACGAAAACAGGAUGCGCGAGGCCGCCGCGGCUAAGGACGCCAUGGAAGCUUAUCGGCAUUAUAAACCCGACGUCGAGAUCAAAUAUAACGACGAGUUUGGCAGAGAGUUGUCGCGUAAAGAGGCUUGGAAAGCCCUUUCGCAUAAGUUUCAUGGCAAAGGUAGCGGCAAAGCUAAGACUGAAAAAAGAAUCAAAAAAAUCGAAGAAGAGAAAAAACUAGCAGCUAUGGCAUCAGGAGAUACGCCUACGGGAACAAACGAAGCGUUCCGAAAGCGCCAAGAGAAACUAGGGACGGCGACGAUGAUCUUAUCGGUUGGAAACAAAGGCUCGGCGCCGCAUCAAGAGGAGUUCCUAUCCUCCCUAGCGAAGCCCACAACCGGGACAAGCAAUGGGGGCAAAAAGACGAAAGGAGGGGGUCGAGAAGGGAAAGAAGGGAUCGGCGCCAAUGCGAUCAAUCGAGCUCACAACAAACACACGAUCUCUUCUGGUCCGGAUCUUAUGAACGGACUGGGCAGUCACAUCCAUUCGGUCAUCGGCUCUUCCUCGUCGUCUCCGAUGGACGGCUUCCACACCCCAUCUGGAUUCAUGGCUCCCCGAAAGGCCGGCUUCAAACCCAUCUCUGCACCGAACUCUUCCUCGAACCUCAAGCCAAAUCCUUCUUCUUUGUUAUCCUCUGUGCUUGAGAAAUCUUCCGCCAUCAAUCCUGCAAGUAAAUCUAAAAUCUCCAUCGGGCUUGUCGGCGCUGGUAAACGGAAAGCUGACGACAUUCCUGAUGGAUCUCCUGAUAAUAAACGUCCUGCUGCUUGAUCUCUUCCCUUCUUGCCCUUUCCCCCUCUCAAAAAUAUACAAACACAUAUAUAUAUAUAUAUAU